CCGCCCUAUCCUUUUUCCCUCUCUCGCAUUUGGCCUUGCAAACACGACCGUCCCAGACACUCCCUUGACUCAUUUUCUCCUCCAGCGGACCACUGACCAACCGUCCACUUGCUCCUCCUGCUGUGCUGUGCACACGAAAAUAAUUUAAUUACUGCUGUAUCGUCCCCAAUUAGGAGCAGACUUGCCCACUUGUUGCAUCUGCCUCGUCCCUUCCUUUGUUCGAGUCGUCCGCGCACACUUCCCACCCCCUGCGGACAAGCCUCCCAGAAGACGCCAUCCCACCAACUCCGCCGUGUCACUCUUCCUCUAUACUUGCUGGAAGUCCUCUUGUCCGCCCGAGCUGACCGGCCAUCUGACUGCGUGCUACAUCGCUCUCACCGCGUGCAGUGCUCAUCGACCACCGCAUUGCGCCUGCUGCGCCCUCGACUCAAAAACCUGCUAGCCUCCCACGCACCAGCUCCCGACUUCUGCAAGGCCAACCUCGACUUCUCGACGCCUUGCGCACCUUCGAUCUGACACUGCUACCGCACAGCAACGCGUUGUACUUGCGUCUGGACCCCCUCCCCCCCGGCUGUGCAUUGCAGCUGCACCAUCACAAAUCCGGAGAGCCGCUACACCACCACCAUCAGGCGUACGCCCACAUGGCCUUCGCCCAGGGCUGCUGAAUGCUACUGCGCUAAGUUCUCUACAAGUUCGGUGGCAUUGAUCCGGAUCUCCCACCGUACACGAGACAGCAUAAUGAAGCCGUCAAAACGCUAUAGACAGAGCUGGACUCCCCGACAUUGUCACCCUCGAACCUGAGCUUAGUUGCCCAAAGAAAGAAGAGAGAAAAAAACAACAACAACAACCGGCCUCAUCCUUCUACCUUCUGGCUUUCGUGGCCAUGAUCUCUGCAACCCCCUCGCCCUCUACCAGGGCGCUGAGGAGCCGGGACAACUCCCCGUCGCCUCAUCCGCGUGUCUUGGCUCGCAUGCCCUCAAACCAGCGGGUGAACACGGCUCUUCAUCUAUCCUCCUCUGUCACUCCAGCCUCUGCCAACAGCGCAUCCUCCAUGACCCAGAGCCCUUAUAUCAGCUCCAUACAAUCUUCUCCCUUGGUGUCUCAUUCAAUCUACCACCUACCUCACCUUGGGACCCCGGUUCCACUUGAGCUGGGCGAGAGCCUUGUCUCUCCUCAUGUCUUCUCGCCUCCGAAGGAACUCCCGGCCGGCCCCAGAUCCGUCGGAAUCAUGCGCAAGCUCUCCCAAAGUGCCAAAGAUGGCGUGUCCUCUGCUCGACAGACUCUGCGGAGAAAGGCUUCAUCGUCGGCGCAUUCUCGUCGUGAUGAAAGCACAGGCCCAAUCACCAGACGCCGAAGUGACAGCAAGAAUGCCGUUGCAAUUGGUUACUCAAUGGACUCCCCGUCCUUGGAUGCCCUGCCCUUGGACCUCCAGACGGGGUUGGGGCUGUAUGGUGAUGCCAUGAGCAUCUCCAGCGAGCCCACGACGUUGAUUGACACGAGUCCCGAGGGCCAAGCUCCGUGCGUCCCAGAACACUUGGUGGCCGGUUGCCCAUUGACCAAGAUUACCAAGAAUAAAAAGCAAGAGAAACUAUUCUUCAUGGACGUCGAGGGCUCCCGUGUCUCGUGGAAGGGUGCUGUGACAACCAAAGUCUUCCAUAUUGACAACAUUAAGAGCAUCCGAAGUGGCGAAGAAGCUGCGAGCUUCCAGUCACAGCUCCGAGGUGAAGCCGUCGACCCCGAACUGUGUUUCACCAUCAACUAUACCAGCUCGGAUUCGGCGAAGCAGGUCAAGUCAUUGCACCUUGUUGCUCGCAACCACCGAGACCUCCGACUCUGGGUCGAAACAUUAGAGAGCCUGGCAAAGCACCGAGAGGAGCUGAUGAUGAGCAUGGUUGGCUCCACCGAACGCGAGUCGGUCGUGCGAGCUCACUGGGACAAUGAAAUGGCGAAGCAGACGGUCAAACCCAAUACGGCCAAGGCUGAUGGGCUUGACCUUCCUGCCAUUCAGGUGCUUUGUCGUAAACUCCAUAUCCACAUUCCCGAGAGGGAGUUGGAGGAACAUUUUCAUUCCGUUGACGUCAAUAAGUCAGACCUCUUGGACUAUCCCCAAUUCAGGGACUUCCUGAGACGUCUUCGAGAAAGAAGCGACAUCAGGAAGAUCUUCGACGACGUGAGAGGCGAUAAUGCCAAGGGCGUGUCAAGGUCUCAGUUCGUCAACUUCCUGAAACGCCAUCAAGGGAUUGACAUCCACUCUCUUGCAGACCCUAGUGUCUGGGACGAGAAGAUCAACGACUUGGUAGCAAUGUCUUUCCCGGAGGAUGCAUCUACGCAAAAAUCCGGUCUCAUUGACGCCAACGCUUUUGCAUCGUUCAUUGUCUCCAAGGAUUGCCACGUCUAUUCCAUUCCCGAACCUUCCGUUCCCAAGUUUGAUCAGCCUCUUGGCGAAUACUUUAUUUCAAGCUCUCACAACACCUAUCUGACCGGUUGGCAAGUGGGAGGCACGGCCUCCGCCGAGACCUACCUCACGGCGUUGCGACACGGAUGUCGAUGCGUUGAAAUUGACUGCUGGAACGGUCAAGACGGUCAGCCGAGGGUGACUCACGGUCGCACAAGGACCAGUUCCGUGCUCUUCUCCGAUUGUAUUAACGCCAUUCAAAGAUGCGCCUUCGAUGUCAGCCCUUACCCGGUGAUCAUUUCUCUAGAAGUCCACUGUGAUGCCGAGCAACAAGCCAAAAUGGUGCACAUCAUGAAUGACGUGUUCGGAGAGCGGCUUCUUGUUUACCCUUUGCCCGGAUUUACCACACAACUUCCUUCGCCCGAAGACCUCAAGUACAAAAUCCUCAUCAAAGUUAAGUCCACCGAGCUUCACGCUGACCUCACGGCCUCGCGGCGUCCUGGCCCCGCAAAUCGAGAUCGGAGCGCAAGUUCUCCGAACCGGCUCAAUACCCAACCAACAAACUGGAUCCUUCCAAAGGUACCAUAUGUCUCGAGUCCUGCAUUGGUCACACCCCCAGAGACCAUCUACUCUCCGACUGACCGAUCGGUCACGGCAACGAGCGACAGCAGUCCCGAUGAGGAGAGUGAUGUCCCACCCACCUCGCCUUCAACUAUCGAGAAUCAGCGCCGUGCCCCGAAGCUGAGCAAAGUGGGCUCCCAGCUGUCUGCUCUCGGCGUUUAUAUGAAAGGCUAUACUCUCCGCGACGCCAAAGACCUUCGCUUCCAGCAAUACAAUCAUAUAUUCUCACUCAACGAAAACAGGGCCAUUGAGAUCUGUCGUUCGACAGAGCACAAAGCUCUCUUUGAGGAUCACAAUCUUCACCACCUGUGCCGGGUCUAUCCUAAGACUCUGCGAUUCCAGUCGUCCAACUUUGAUCCUAACACCUUCUGGAGGAGGGGUGUCCAGAUGGUUGCCCUCAACUGGCAGACUUUUGACGCUCAUAUGCAGAUGAACCAGGCAAUGUUUGCUGCCGGAACAGAUGCGUAUGGCUAUGUGUUGAAGCCGGACUACCUCAGAAAGCCCCGUACUAAGCCCGGAGACUUCGAGCAUCGAGUGAAAUUGCCUCGGUAUAAGAUCAGGUUCUCGGUCCAAGUGAUUUCAGCUCAACAACUGCCCCGAGCGACGAACAUGGGCAAGGACACUCCUUUGAAUCCGUUCAUCGAGGUUCAAAUGUUCAGCGCAGAGGACCGAGCUCGGGGAAUAGCAAACGGCACUGGUGGCACCGAGACCUACUCCAACGGUUACCAUGGCAUUGGAUCACCAUAUCGGCGGCAAACCCAGAUCCGGUUUGGCAAUGGGUACAACCCUCAAUUUGGCGAGAACAUUGAGCUCUGCCUUGAGACCAAAUACCCCGAGCUUGUCUUCGUUCGUUUCAUCGUCCUGAACUCGGACGACGGAAGGCACACGGGCAAAGGUGUCAGACAGCUCGCGGCGUUUACAGCCAAGCUCGGCAGCCUGCAGAAAGGAUACCGACAUCUCCCCCUGUUUAACGGACAAGGAGAAGAGUUCAUAUUCUCGACUCUGUUUUGCAAAAUCGCCAAGCAGGAGCCCAAGCUGAUGCCCUGGUCAUUGCAAGACGUCAACGAGCGGACUUCCCGACCAAACGUGCUUCGAGAUUUUCUUUCACGCGGACUGUCAAGUGACCGAGGCAGGGAGCGUGGGUCCAGUGUCGAAGAGGUGGAUGCGGCCAGACGAUCUAACCGUGAGAUCGAGGAGAAAGUUACCAAAAAGUAAGGGGAACUGCAUAUGCAUCACGCAUACUUUGUACCAACGGUCCACCACAAUGGCGCGGGAGUUUGAUUUUCACAAGAGAUACCCAAAAAGCAUAUAUGACCUGAUGACACACACUAGACUGACAACCCGUCUGGCAACGGACAUUUCUUUUCUUGUCGCUACUAUUGACAAUUCAGGGGAGGCUCUUUUGUCUGUUGUUACUAGUAUCAAGGUUAUUAUUCUUCUUAUGUAACAUCAUCAUAUAGAUCACCGGAGCCUCAUAAAGGGCCCGUGAGCAUUGGAAUACCAAUCGUCCCUUGGAUGGGAGUUCAAUUGAG